CCAGGAAGCCAGGCAAGGCCUCAGCGUACCCACCUAAGAGAUGGGCACCUCGCUCUCUUCCUGCCUGUCUGCCCGGACCUGGGCCCCUGACCCCCUCCCCUUCCUGGAGCUGGGCCGGCUCUUCUCCCCAGCCUUCUGCUCUUUCCCACAGUGGUGUAUGAGCAUCGGUCCCGCCUGGAGAGGUCCCUGCAGAAGGAACGAGGGGAGCACAAGAAGACCAAGGAAGAUUUCCUAGUGUACAAACUGGAGGCACAGGAAGCUCUCAACAAGGAAAAGCAAGACUCCAUGAACCGCUACGGGGCCCUGAGCUCCCAGCACAGGAUCCUCAAGAACCAGCAUGAGGACGUGAAGAAGCAACUAUUGGACCUGCAGCUGCAGCACAGCGGGCUGAGGCUGGAGCACCGGAAGGCACUGGAGAGCCAUGGGCAGCGCUAUGCCCAGCUGCAGCGGGAGAAGGACAGUGAGGUGGCCAGUCUGCAGGACACAGUGUUUAAACUCCGAGAAGAAAGCAAGCUUCUCAGGAAGGCUCAUCAGGAUGUUCACACCCAGCUACGGAAUGCCCAGUCCCAGAUGGAGGAGUUCCGGCAGCUCAAGGAGGCCCUGCAGAAGAUGCCCAGCUUCCAGGAGGCUGGGGCCGGCCAGCAGGUGCAGCAGCAGCCCCCGAGGCAGCAGGCUCAGCUCAGGAAGCCUCAGGUGUUCAUUGCCACAGGCUCCAGGGCGGCCUUGAGCCCCCCAGAGCCCGAGCUGCCUCCUGGCUGGGACCCUCCGGCUGCGCAGGGCCCAGGGACACGGGCCUUGCCCCCAGCCGAGCCACCUUUCUCAGACCUGAAGUCGCCCUCUUCCGGGCCCCCUUCCUGGCCCCAGAAAGCCCUCGAGGGUCCUGUUCUCCGAUUCACCAGGACCGUUAACAGCCUUCCAGGCCGGCCCCCGGUUCAGCAGGUAGUGGUGGUGGCAGCCCCCGGGGCCGCCUCCCCUGAGAGACCCAGCCCUCGGGGUCGGCCCCCUCGGCAGCAGCCUCCCACAGGGCUGGAGAGAGAGCCCCAGGCCCCCCCAGCCCCUGCUAGCCCACCAGUGCAGAUGCAGAGCUGGCAAGAUAUCGUCAACAAAGUGAAUGCCCAAGAGAAGAGCCAGCAGGACCCCCUGAGCAGCCAGCCCCAGGGGCAGGACCAGCCUCUUCCAGCAGCCAGCCCAGGAAGAGGGGCCCACAGGCGGGCAGGACCCGACGAGGCGGAGCUAGAGAUGGAUGCUGGCAUGAUCGAUCGGGAGGAGAACAUGAGGCUCAGGAAGGAAGCAGGGGCCCACGGGCCAGUGGGGUCUGAUGUCCUUGCGGACCCUGCCCAUGAUCCCAACAACCAGGGUGAGGAUGAGUUUGAAGAGGCAGAGGUAGAACGGCCGAGGCUGGAAGAGGGGGCCCCGAGAGCCCAGCAGGCUCAGGAGUCCCAGGAACAGACAGCAGAGGAGCAGGGCCAGGCUGGAGCAGGACGCCACAGGACUGGCACAGAGCUACUGAAUGACUACCAGGAUGACCAGGAACUGGAUGAGAACCCUGACCUGGAGCUGGUACCUGAGACCAGGAGUCACCCAGAGGCCCCUGGCCAGAAAGACAAUUACUACUGACCUUCCACCUCCCUCCCUUCUCCUGAACCCCCCAUGCUCCACGUCUUCCUGAAGAGCCCCGCGGAGCUUAGAGAGAGCAGGGAAGUGUCAGAGCCUAGGCUUCUGAGGAGGGAGAGUGGAGUCUGCUCCACCUUUCCAGCCCUCCUGCCCCAGUGCACACUGGGGAUUAUCCCACAUUCCUUACUUGUUUUUCCAGAACAGCAUGAGGCCAUGUGGGCCAUGUGGGCCUUAGGGAUUGCAGCUGAGCAUCACCUCUUGCUCCUUGCUCUCUAGCCCUCAGAUAGCUGCCCUCUCUGACUCACUGCACAGCCACAGGCCACAAGAGCCUAAUGUUGGGAUUUGGACUGCUCAGGGCCUCAAGGUCAAAGGCUUCUUCCAGCAGUAGAACAGGGCAGUGAUGCUAUGACUCUGGGCUCCUUUGGAGAGGAGGAUGGGCUGAAACUGGGACCUGUUGAGGGGAACCAACUGGUUAGCCUUCUCUACAGACCAGAAAAGAGAGCGACUGCCAUAGACACACCAAGGAGGGAAAGGGCUGAGCCCCAGCUGGGAUGGACAGAGCCAUACAGGGCCAAGUCUCAGAUUUCUGACUGACUUAAAUUCAGAACUCCGAUGGGUGCCGGAGGCGAGAGCUUGGGAACUGGGCCCAGGUUCAGUCUUGGGGCAUAAAGGAGAGACCAAGACUGGCUCCUGAAGGUUCUCCUGUUUCCCUUCCCUAACAUUUCUUCUCCUCCAGUCACUUUCUGGGGAUUAGAGUCUAGAAUUCUUCCCCACCUCUAGGGGCCCAGCAGGAUAGAGAAUCGGACCCUAGGUGGGGGUGUCAGGCCCUUAGUUACAUGCACUCAGCCAAGGUCCAGUAGGGGAGAAGGGUCAGCCAUGGAUGGGGGGCUGAGCCCUGAGUGGAGAUGCUGUAAAUAAUGUAUAGUCAGUUGGGCCUUAAUAUCCAUUUUGUACACACAGAAA